CGCGUACUGAUGUCGUCGGAAUGAAGCAAGAAUUGAAUACAAGAGAUGAGAGAUUGUAGCGAUUUUGGAAGUGAGAAAGGAGGGAAGAGCGUAAACGACGCCAUCUUCGAUGUCACGAAGUCCUCCUGUGAUGGCAACUGGGUGUCAAUCUAGUUUGACAUGCAUCAGGGGUGUGCAGCAUGGUACUGACAAGAUGGUGAGGGCGUGGGGGAUGUCCUCGCGUAGGACGCCACACUUUUUCCUUGACUGCUUUCGCUUGCUUUCGAUCGCACGCAUAUUUGCCACCUUCGCCAUCGCUUGCUCUCACGCGGACACAUCCUUUGUCAUUGUUCCCACGCCCUUCUUCAUGACCUUUGCCUUUAUACCCCAUCCUUUGGCUUCUGUCCUCGCUUUUCAUCGUCCCUCACCUCUCUUCUCUCUGCUUUCUCGUCUUCUCUUACUCUCCACCUUUAUUCAUUUAAUGCUUCGCAACACCAUGGCCGACAAUCAUCUGAGCCUGUUCUGUCUUGUUGAUGGAGACUCUACACCAUUCUCUGUAGACAUCGAUCCAUCAAAGACGGUUGAUCACCUCAAGGACGCAAUCAAAAUCAAGAAGACUCCUCGGUUUGAUGAUGUUGCCGCAGAUGAGCUCACCCUAUGGCGCGUCUCCAUCCCCGUUGUUCCUCCCAAGGAGCGCAAGCCAGUCGUCCUGACCGAGAUUCCAUCAUCAACAGAGCUUGACCCGACGGACGACCUCUCUGACGUCUUCAAAGAAACGCCACCCAAGAAAACAAUUCACAUCAUUGUCCAGCGACUCCCACAAGGCAAUGCAGCCGCGAAAUGGCUUCAUUGCCACGUUGUCGCAUGAGGCUAACCAUUGUACUAACCUUAUUCACAUGCGUAAUUGCUCCGACAUAGUCCAGGCACCUGUCCCCGCUCGGGCGUCUACUCCACUUCCGGGCCACCUCUCGGAUGAAUCUGCCCCAAAAGCACCACCAGGUUCUCCGAGGCAGGCGAGGGAAGCAUUCAACACCCUUUUAGAGAGGCUCGAGAAGGAUAUCUUUCAUGCGGACUCUCCGGUUUCACGCUUCCUCUGUUCGUUCGUAAAAGGCGACCUCAGUAUCCCUGACGCAAAUUGCUCUGUCAAGGGUCUACAAA